AUGUUCUCCGUGCCCGCCGCCCUGCGCCGGACGGCGACGACGACGACGGCACGGCUGACGAGGCGGCGGCGCCCGGCCCUUGACUUGACACCCCGCCGGGGCGUCGCCUCGACGAAGCCACCCGCGGCGCGACUACCGACGGUGCAGACGUGUCCGUCACCGACGUGCGCAUGCGCCGACAUGCCGGCCAUGCCCGAGGGGCUGGAGAUUGACCGGACGAGUCCGCUGGAUGGCGUCAUGGCUGCGUAUGCGGAGCAGGUGCUCGUCUGCACCGGCCGGGAUGACUGGGCCUCGAGGAUUGAGGACGAGAGCGGGGGGGAUAACUUGGCGGCGGAUCUCAAGGAGCUGCUCGGCAGGGGAGGCGUCUACCGAGAUCCCUUCCACAACGUCUCCGUCCUCAACGCAUCUCUACCGAGCACCGUCCCGCCGCGGCCAGACGUGCAAAACACAUCCGCAUACCUCUUCCCAAGCUUCAAAUACGUGCCCUUUCUGCCCCGCGUAUCCUUUGACAGCGUGCAGGCGCUGGCCAAGGGCUUCCUGCUGCCCUCGACGCUGCACGCGGCGCACGACGGCCUCUCGCCCAUCCACCGCGACCGGCUGACGCGCAAGGACGCGUACCAGGGCCUGCUGCCGGGCGUACAGGACGUGCGCGACGUGCUGGUGCUCGUCUGCGGGCACGGCGGGCGGGAUGCGCGGUGCGGCAUCAUGGGGCCGCUGCUGAGGGCCGAAUUUGGUGAUAAGCUUGCCAAGAUGGGCGUGGACGUGCGCACGGGGCCGGUCGAGGUGGCCUUGGGAGAGGAGCAGCAGCAGAGCGCCUCAUGGAUCACUGGCGGCGCAACGACGGUGGCGACGGCCAAGACGACGGCGAGGAUUGGACUCAUCAGCCACAUCGGAGGACACAAGUUCGCCGGCAACGUCAUCAUCUACCUGCCGCCCGGACUGAGGGGGCUCGACGGCGAGCUGCAGCCGCUGGCGGGCCACGGAAUCUGCUUCGCCAUCGGGACCGCAGCCUACUACUACCUCUUCACCCCCGAGCCCAGGAGCAAGACGCUCAACCGCGACACCUUUGUCCCCUACACCAUCACCGCCCGCGAAGCCAUCUCCCCCACCUCGGCCAUCCUGACCGUCUCGCCACGCACGCCGGACCCGUCGCCACCGUACCUGCGCCCGGGGAGCGCCUCCCUCUGGCGCCAUGCGCUGUGGUCCGUCGAGUUCAAGCAGCCCGAGGUGCAGAUUGCGAGGCACUACACCCCGCUGCCGCCGGUCGAGGGCGACGAGGACGCGGCGCAAGCGUGUCUGCGCUUCUACAUCCGCGCCAUGGGCGGCGGCGAAAUGUCAAGCUAUCUGAGCCGUCUUGGCAGGUUGGGCUCGCGGGGCCGCGUCGUGUUUCUUGCUGGGGGCACGGGCCUGGUGCCGGCUAUGCAGGUUGCCAGGGCGGUGCUUGAUGCGAGUGACGAGACUACCAUGACGCUCCUGUGGGCUGUCAGGAAGCGGGACGAGGUGCAGGUGGUCGACAAGCCGGCUCCAUCACGAUGGUCUUCCUGGUGGUCGACCAAGGCGCCGACACAGAUACAGGCCGAUCUCGCAGAUCCGAGCCCCAUUGCACGCCACCUGAAGCGGAUGAAGGCCAGGUACGGCGACCGUCUCGACAUCCGCGUCGCCAUCGACCAAGAAGGCACCACUAUCCGCGAAGCCGACGUCGAAAAAGCCCUACUCCUCCCGCCACCCCCCGCCCAGCCAACGCCGCCCUGUCGAGGAUGCCCGUCUCACGACCAGCGCCUACACAUCGACGCCUCUGAAUUCGACGCCUCCGAGGCGGCCUGCCGGUGUCCAUCGUCCGAUAGCUCGCGUGCGCGAGGCAAGAAUCUGCUCAUGGUCUCGGGCCCGGACGGCUUCGUCUCGCACUACGCAGGCCCCAAGGCCUGGCUGCGCGGCACCCUGACCCAAGGGCCUGUGGGCGGCGUGGCUCGACGGCUGCAGGGGCGUCACGCCCGCCUGGCCGACGAGUGGCUCGUACUCAAGCUCUGA